AUGCCCUUCCACCUCCUUCCCUCCUCUGACACCGACAUGUCCCGCACCUUCGAAAUCAUCAGCACCACAUUCGGCAACCAACACCCCUACAUCGAAGCUGUCUACCCAGCGCACUCAACACCAGAGGGCAGGAAGCGCAGCACCGAACGUCUCCUCGCCGUCAAAAACACUGAUCCGUGUUGUAAUUUCCUGAAAGUCGUGGACACGGCGUCAGGGAAGAUAGUAGCCGUUGCGAAGUGGAAUAUUUAUGAUGAUCAUAUUCCGGAGGAGGCGGAUUUGGAUGGGGACUGGUGGGAGAAUGAGGAGGAGAAGGAGUUUGCGAGGGUGAUGUAUAGAGAGUAUUUGGUGCCUAGACGGAGGGCUAUUGGGGAGUUGAAGGGGAAUGUGAUGUGUCUGGAUCUUUUGACUGUUGAUCCAGAGUAUCAACGACGAGGAGUCGGUCGGAUGUUGGUUCAAUGGGGCACGCUGCUUGCUGAUGAUAUUGGUUUGACGGCUGUGGUGGAGUCGACUGAUCCUGGGAGGGGGCUGUAUGAGAGUGAGGGGUUUGUGUAUGUUGAUACUUUUGAGACGAAGUUUCCUGAGAAGUGGGAGGGGAGGAGGAAACAGAAGUUUCAUUGGAUGGUUAGGCCUUGUAAGGUUGGUAGGACUGAUUGA